AUGAUCUUGCAUACAGACGGCUCGUCAAUGGGCAAUCCGGGACCGUCCGGCUUCGGCGCAGUCCUGCGCAGUCACGAGGGUGUGUGGAUUGAGGGGAUUUCAGGGAACAUAGGUAUUGCCGACAACACUCUCGCCGAGUUGAUCGCGAUUCUCGAAGGGUUAAAAUUAGCGGUGUCUCGGAGAUGCACAACGCUCACUUGUUACUCGGACUCGCAAGAGUCUCUCCGGUUGAUACAUAGUGCAACCGUAUCAAAUCAUGCUAUGGGCGGGCUGAUCAUGAACAUCAGGGACAAGAUCAAUAUGAUGGAGAGUGUGCGGUUUUUCCACAUUUGGAGAGAGGAAAACUCCGUGGCAGAUAUUUUGGCUAGGAGAGGAGCGAAUGAAGAAGCUUUCUUCACUACUUUGGCUUUUCCCCCGGACGAUUUACUCACUCCGUUGGCCAAGGACGCAGCUUGGUUUCCUUACCCGCGUCUUUAG